AAUUUUUAUUGGAGGGAAAAAGUUUAGUUCUCCGUUUAAGCUUUAAAGCAAUAUUGCUGCUGAGUUGUUGAAACAAAUUUCACGCAGCGAAGGAACGCCGCUAACUUAACCUCUCUUCUGUCAUAUGCGAUACAGUUUCUGGCGGCCAAAAUGAGCGUGGAGGAUGAAGUCUUUCGCAUUCAGAAAAAAAUGAGCAAGAUAUCAACGUCUAGCGAUGGCUCAGGACAGGAACAGGCUUUGGAUCUUCUGAAGGCGCUGCAAACGCUGAACAUUAAUCUGGAGAUCCUGACUAAAACGCGCAUCGGCAUGACUGUCAACGAGCUGCGCAAAAGCAGCAAGGAUGACGAGGUGAUUGCACUGGCCAAAACCCUUAUUAAGAACUGGAAACGCUUUCUGCCCAGCCCGGCCCCUGCCACCCCAAACAACAGCACUGCCGCCGGCAAGGAGAGCUUGAACAAUAGUGCGUCAAAGUCCUCGAGUUCGAGCAAGUCGGCCAGCAAGGAGAAGUCUAGUAGUAGCAGCAGCUCCUCCUCGCGUGACAAGCGCGACGAGAAGAAGGUAUCGUCGUCACAGACGUCCUUCCCAUCCGGCGGCAUGACAGAUGCCGUGCGCUUGAAGUGUCGCGAAAUGCUGACCACCGCGCUGAAGAACGGAGAGGUGCCCGAAGGUUGUGCCGAGCCCGAGGAAAUGGCCGCCGAGCUAGAGGACGCCAUUUACUCGGAGUUCAAGAAUACGGACAUGAAGUACAAGAAUCGCAUUCGUUCGCGUGUGGCCAAUUUAAAGGACCCGAAGAACCCGGGUCUACGUGGAAAUUUCAUGUGCGGCGCCGUCUCUGCCAAGCAGCUGGCCAAAAUGACUCCCGAGGAGAUGGCCAGCGACGAGAUGAAGAAGCUGCGGGAGAAGUUCGUGAAGGAGGCCAUAAACGAUGCCCAGCUGGCCACCGUACAGGGCACCAAGACAGAUCUCCUCAAGUGCGGCAAGUGCAAGAAGCGCAACUGCACCUACAACCAGCUGCAGACGCGCUCCGCCGACGAGCCUAUGACCACUUUCGUCAUGUGCAACGAGUGCGGCAACCGCUGGAAGUUCUGCUAAGCCCCGUCCCAGCCUGUAAUCCCAACUAAACCCUUGAAACACCCUAACACCCUACAACAUACCCCACUUGUAUCCAAAUAACAACCUACAUAUUCUUAUUACUUUGUAAAGACACGAGCUACUCUUUUCUAUUUGCCCGCUUGAGCAAGCGCAUAUUCACUGACCACCAAGAGAGGAAAUUUCAAUAAAAAAACUAUUGAUAAAAUAAAACUAA